GUGCUCACUGACAUUGAUUCCAGGAGUUCCGCGCUUCUGUAAGUCAACUUUUCUUGUAUCUAAUGGUAGAACAUGAAUCGUUUGGAGUUCUAGUUUCUAUGAUCUGGGGAGGAAGUCACUGCAAAGUGCUCGCUUCAUUUUUCAGCACCCGAGAAAUAAGAUAACAGACUAUAUAUCAGUAAGAGGAAUGGUUGCCAGAGACCGAUACGUAUUGCAGUUGUUAACUGGACCUCAACAAGUAACCAUGGAGUUACCUAUUUGAACUUAGUAACUUGACCAUGAGCGCUGAUUCUGUCGGGAAAAUGUUAUCAAGGGACAAAGUUAUGCCUGCCAACGAUUCCCUAUAUCUUUGGACGACAUCUUCGGUUUUGAGAGCAGCCGGCAACUCUAGUGGACGAAACUUAACAAACUCUGAGUAUCUUUCUGAAAAUCGUUUUCUUAGUCCCGUCAACCCCUACCAUCCAUUUGCAUGGCCCUUGGAAGUAGGGAUUGUAUUUAUCAUUCUCUAUUCUAUGACGACGUUAUUGGCUAUUAUCGGUAAUAUAACAACAAUUAUUGUUUUUACCAAAGGUAAACGGUCAAAAACAGAUAUACGACCUUUCUUAUUGAAUUUAGCGUUUUCGGACUUAAUUAUGGCUAUCUUUUGUAUCCCAUUUACUUUCACCCACGAGCUUUUGGGUACUUGGGUGUUUUCGGUCCCUAUGUGCCCUAUAGUUGUGUUUUUGCAAACUGUCUCCGUUUCCGCUAGUGUCUCAACCAAUAUGGUAGUUGGCAUCGACCGUUUUCAUGCAAUUGUCUCCCCUUUGAAAUCCCACAAUGCAACAUCCCGAUACAAAAUUAUUAUUUUGUGCAUAUGGAUAUACGCUGUGUCCUUGAGUGCUGUCCAGUUAAAAGUGUGUGAAACAACUAACAAAAACGGAAGUAUAAGAUGUGAUGAAGAAUGGCCGGACGACGGAUUACGGAUCGCCUAUUCUGUUCUCGUGCUAAUGUUGACUUACGUGAUCCCACUUUUAAUUUUGACCAUUACCUAUUCCAUUGUUGGUUGUAUUCUUUGGAAACGUAAAACCCCUGGAAAUGCAGACGCCCAAAGGGAUUCAUACCAAAUUAAGUCUAAAAAGAAGGUAGUAAAAAUGCUGGUCACUAUAGUAACGUUCUUCGGUCUGUGCUGGCUUCCGCUUCAUACUUUUAUCCUGGUGAUGGAGGUGACAAACAUGGACAAACAAGCAGACGACAAUCUCAUUAAAGUCCUCGGCUACAUUUACUUCGUUGCUCACUGGCUUGCUAUGUCUAAUUCCUUUGUGAAUCCACUCAUUUACAGUUUUAUGAAUGAAAACUUCAGAUACGACCUCAGGACUUUACUGUUCCAGAUUUGUCCUUGUGUUGGACGAUACUCCAGAGGUCGACAUAAAGUAGUUAAGAGAAGAUCUCGUGGAAACGGUUACCAGUUGUACACAUACACAUGCGCUAAUACUCCUGACCCGACUUCAAAUGGCAGGUGGCUUGAGAGGAGUCGCACACAAGUCACCCGUAAUGGUAAAAGCACGGUAAAUGAUGACGCAAAACGAAAAAUGUCGUCCGCAUCAUGUUAAUAUGCAUAAUUUGUUGUUGUUUUAAAAAGAACUUUUGUAUUUCAAAAUAAAGAAAGAAAACUUUU